GAUUAACAGACCGAGCAUUGUACAGCGGAUCCUUUCGGCUUGUAUUUAGGAGGCUGUGGUGCCACCGGGUGGAUAUAACUAGUCUUGCAGUUGUCAGUGAACGCACCAGAUAAUCUCAGCACCUCACUAGGGCUGCAAAAAGGAAACUUCUUGAUAAUUUGUGGUCAUUUACAUGGGCACACCUACAAUAUUAGCCAUAUAAGUUUGAUAUUUUUGUCAUGAAAUAAACUUUUUGCUGGGACGUUGCAUGACAUGCAUGAAAAGUCUGAAUGAUCCUCACUAUCACUGUGGAAAUAGUGCAUCAAAUUAAAAACUACAGCACAGCAUGAAAACUGAAACGCACGAUGAUUUGAAAGCUUUAUGAGCUUUACUCGUCAAACUGGCGCUUGUUUGCAUGACAACUCUAUCAGACAUUGUAUGGCUGUCAUCUGGUGUGCCAUUUAAACUUGCAUUUAUGCGAGUCGAUUUGAAUGGAAAUGUCAUUUUCUAUCACGUCUUUGACCAUGUGCUGUGGGCAGUGGGCAUUGUGCUGCAGGUGUUAUUCAUAUGCCCUUCACCUGUCCAGCAGAGCUCUCAAGUAACACUCGAAUGAAAUCAUGCUGUGAUUGAAAAGUACACGAAUGGAUAAAAAAGGUAAUAAGCUUUGCUUUGGGGCUCCAGUGCUAGAAUAGAAGUCAAUCUGCUAAAUGUGUGAAGCUCAUCACUCGGAGAGGUCUGUGAGGAAUUAGAGGAUUAAGGGGGAUAAUUUUUUUGCUGCAUUACAGGUUUUUAUAGCUGCGUUUUCUUCUCCUGUCAGCUGAGGAACAAACCUGCCGUGUAGCCAACACCAGCACCUCAAAGCAAUAAACACCCUCUACAUUAUAGUCACUAUGACAGCUUGAUAGGUACAGUUGCAUAAUGUGCCUUUGUAUUUUCCCUGGGCUAAUGUACUGUGACUUAUGGUGUGAAAACAAUAGGAGGACAAGCUAGUGCUGGCGCCAUCUAGUGGACAUGUCAGAGUAUGGCUGGUAUUUCACAGUAUUGUAGUUUUGGUCAACAGCAUAGAAAGUCCAUAUAAUUGUUGGCUGUGUUGCGUAUUAAUUGCUGUUGGUUUGUUAGCAACAAUACACUUUUACUGGCCAUUUUUUUGCCCCAACUCCAACAAAUAUGUGUUUUCCUGUGACCAUUCUAUCUGCAAAACAUGUGCUUUAUGAUUCCUGUUUUGAACUUUUUUGAAAUCAUUUGCAUGCACAUUGGCCUGUUUGCUCUGUUUUAGUAUUAUUUUAGCUUUUUUUCCCCUUUUCUGAUAAAGCCCAACCUUAACUUUUCCACACAGCUAAAAUGCUGUUGAUUGAAAGCAUACUGCCCAAAAAACAAAAUCACAAAUGAAUCCCUCAGAUCCCUCCUCUCCUGCAGUGUAUGUUAGGUCUGUGUGGAUGGAAAGAUGUGAUAAGACCAAGUCACAUAAUGAUCAAAGGAUAUGCUCUGUUUGGUGCCUGAGUGAUGUUUUGGGUUCAAAGAGUAUUGAACUGAUUUUAACCAAUCUAAUUAGAGAAGCAAUAAAAGUUGAAAGUUGAGGGCACUGAGGAAUUCAGCUGCUCAGUGUGAUGCUGGUUUUGGUUUUGUUUGUAGGAGACAUUUUCAGAAAGAUAUUCACAUGAUUUGUGUUGAUGUUUUCUGGAAACCUACCUCUAAAAUGUAAUCAUAUUUUGCUCAGAUGACCUGUGAGUUUCAGUGCUGAUGAUCAUUUUGGCUCUUUUUCCCAGAGUUCCUGAGUCAAACAAUGUGAGCUGUACUGCGAUUCUGCUGUUACUGUCAGCAUCCUGUUGUUCUGUUGUUACCGUUUGUGAAGGUGUUACUCUUUCUGUUGUCUGCUCACUCGCUGCUCAUGUUAACUGUCCUAUUUACUCUGGCACCUCCUGCUAGACUCCAAACAGCAAAUAUACAAACAUUUAUGCAUCUAGUUGACAUAAUGUAGGCUUGAAUUCUUUAGUAAUUGUGUCCAAAUUUCUUAUUCAGAUAUAUAUUAAAAAUAUACUGUGGGGUGUGUAGAGCUAAUUCCAGUGGAAAGAUUUCUCUGUCAGACAUAAUCUCAGUCAAUAUGGUCCGUGAGCAAUUGGUUGUGUAGGAUUAGUGAGUAAAUUACUGUUUUGUUAAACUGAGGGUUAAACAGGUUGUGAGGUCGUAACCAGCUCAGCAGUGUCUGCCAGCAGCUGUCGAACUCCCUCUUCUGAUCAAAACUCCAUAUUUCACCCGGCGUUCCGCCAAGCUGCCAAUCUGCCAAUCCUCAUGUCUGAACAUUUUGACACAAAUACACAUACAAAAUACACGCUAAUGUCCUCUCAUACUAAUGCACUCAUUGAUGCAUGAGAAGCUUGCGGGUUCGAACAUGACACACAUUUCCCAACAACAACAUGCAGCAGCUGAUAAACACAGGUUUACUGCAAAGUCGGAAAUUCUGACCUCCUGCAGGUGUGAAAUACAAGCAGCCACCUACUGUAAACAGCACAUUUAUCACAUUUAUCUCUGACAGUGAAAAGAAUCCAGUGCAACUCUUACAAAUAUUAUAAGCUAAACAGAACAUUACUCUUUUAGAUAAGAUAUCCAUGUCUUGUGGCGGCCACAUGUUGCAGCUUUUGACUCCUGAACUGAAGUGUAAAAACACAGAAAACGGCUUUUAGUAUUAAACUGUCCAUUGAAACUAAAUGUCCUCAAAUGCUCUAAAGCUGCGGUUCCUAACUUGAGGGUCAGCAGUAAAAUAUGCUGCAGGAUGAUUAAUGGAAUAGGAAAGUAGAAAGAAUGGCAAAGCUUUAUCUUAGAGGUGUGUAAUUUAGUGGAGAUAACUAUAUAAUAUGAUGGAUGGAAUAGUGAGACAUUGUUCUGAGUCAUUUGAGUUUCAUUUGUUGUGAUUAAUUUAUAGGCAGAUGGUGGUUUCAAAAUAACAAAAUAACCCAGAAUGGAGGACUAUAUGGUAUAUAAUAAUCCUAUGCAGUCCAGUCAUACAUCAACAAACUCACUUCGUGACAUAUGCAAAACAAAUGUCUCACAUUUACUCUCAUAAUCUCUUAUUAAGAGUCUUUUUUUGUAAGUUUACUUGGAACACAGUCAGAAGCAGACACUGGAACAAUUUGCCUUCAAUUUUUAAUGCAUUAUACAAAAAAAGGAAACGCAACCACUUUUGCAAUUUUCACUUUCUCCUGCAGUUUUACUGCAAAAAAACACAUUCAAAAUUAAAAAUGCCUAAAAAUAUUGAAGAUUUUGUGGAAAAGCUGCUGUGAAAUCAGACAUUUUAGGCCACAACAGUCCCAAAGUAGUAAGUAAUCCAUUAUUACUUCUUGAGAAUGACAAGUAGCUACAGACUUUUGUUAAUUCUCCAGUAAAAACUCUCAUUUUACAUGAGGGGGCAUAAAAAGAGUAACUAAUGAUUACGUAAUACGUCUUUAAUAGUUUUGUGCCAUUCAGCAGCUGAAUCAGGUGCGACUCAUGAAGAAAGGGCUCAAAAUUAUGUUUUGUUUUCAAGAGAAGUGACACAUAUUUCAAAUUUCAUUUCGCGUUUCAGAUUAAAUGGACUUUGCAGACAGAUUUACGUCAGUGACUGCAUUUUCUCUCUUCACAGUGAUGGAUUUUUUUAUGCUGCGCAUUUAGUUUUAACCUCAACAACAAUAGCAGUUAUUACAUCAACUGUGAUUAAUUUAGGGAUUAUUGCAGAAUCACUAAAUCCAUAGAAAAACACAAUUAUUGCCAAAGCUUCUCAUUUUUCCAUACACAGCUUUACUGGCCGUUUACAUGCCUUGUUUCCUGCUUUGAACAAAGGGACAAAGAUACAGGCUGUUCUUGUCCAAGAUUACAGAAUGAAAUUUGGUUUGUCAAGAGCAGUUGCGGUGUUAUAGGGAUGAGAUGUACGGUACAUUGUGAAGCCAGCUGAUGGACAGACUCGCUGUCUGGCCUCUUCCUUUCUCUGGAUGAAUCCUAAAGGAGCUUACACUCUAAUAUCCUGAUGGGAAAAGGGUUUGCUUUAAGCUCGCCGAACACGCCUCAUCACAGUGAGAAUACUAUGAAGGUCUGAGGUAAAUCAGAUGAAAAAUUCUUCUUCAAAAAAAGAGUCCUUUUUGACGCCAACCUGUUGACUGCUACUAUCAUGAAAGAUUCUCUUCAUUUUUUUUCUCUUCUUGGAGGAUUGUAUUUUUCCUACAUGAUAUCUUUCACGGUGAACGCACAAGAGUGACGACGUGGAUGUGAAGCAGAUUUGGGACUUUUGGACGUUUGAAACUUUUGCUUACCAAAAAUUAUUUUCAGACAUGAUUCCCACUAAGAUGUUAGUGUACAGGGGGCCUGAUGGAGGCACGCACUCUCAGACGAUUUCUAACACAAGAAGGCGAAAGAAAUCGACCGGGGAGCUCUUCCAGAAUGGCUACAGGGUCAGGAUGGGCCACGGGCAAGUCAGCGAGAAAGAGGACCAGGACAGCAUCUGGUACAGCCUCGGUGCAUGCUUCCAUGUAAUCUCCUACUGGGGCUUGAGGUUUUUAAGGGCCUUAAGAUUGAUACAGUUCUCAGAAAUUUUACAGUUUUUGAAUAUACUGAAGACAAGCAACUCGAUAAAGCUGGUGAACCUGUGUUCAAUCUUUAUUAGCACAUGGCUAACUGCAGCAGGCUUCAUUCAUUUGGUGGAAAACUCAGGGGAUCCUUGGGAAAACUUCAAAAAUUCCCAGGCACUUUCCUACUGGGAAUGUGUCUACUUACUCAUGGUUACUAUGUCCACUGUUGGCUAUGGAGACGUUUAUGCAAAAACCACCCUGGGCCGCCUGUUUAUGGUCUUCUUCAUCCUUGGCGGUUUGGCCAUGUUUGCAAGCUACGUCCCUGAAAUCAUAGAGUUAAUAGGAAACCGCAAGAAAUAUGGUGGUUCCUAUAGUGCUGUUAAUGGGAGAAAGCACAUCGUGGUCUGUGGUCAUAUAACACUUGAGAGUGUGUCCAACUUUCUAAAAGACUUCCUACACAAGGACAGGGAUGAUGUCAAUGUAGAAAUUGUUUUUCUCCAUAAUAUUUCCCCUAAUCUUGAGCUGGAAGCCUUGUUCAAGCGACACUUCACCCAGGUGGAGUUUUACCAAGGGUCUGUCCUAAACCCACAUGACCUGGCCAGAGUGAAGAUUGAAUCAGCUGAUGCCUGUUUGAUCUUAGCUAACAAAUACUGUGCUGACCCUGAUGCUGAGGAUGCAUCCAAUAUUAUGAGGGUAAUAUCCAUCAAGAACUACCAUCCAAAGAUCAGAAUAAUCACUCAAAUGUUACAGUACCACAAUAAGGCCCACCUUUUGAACAUCCCAAGCUGGACCUGGAAGGAGGGAGACGACGCCAUUUGUCUUGCGGAGCUGAAGCUCGGCUUCAUCGCCCAGAGCUGCUUGGCUCAGGGCCUCUCCACCAUGCUGGCCAACCUUUUCUCCAUGAGGUCCUUCAUCAAGAUUGAGGAGGACACAUGGCAGAAGUAUUAUCUAGAAGGAGUAGCCAAUGAGAUGUACACAGAGUACCUGUCGAGUGCCUUUGUGGGCCUGUCCUUCCCUGUAAUUUGCGAACUCUGCUAUGUGAAGCUAAAACUACUACUGAUAGCUAUAGAAUACAAGUCUGAUCAAAGGGAAAGCAGCACCCUGAUAAACCCUGGAAACCACGUGAAAAUGCAGGAGGGGACCUUGGGCUUCUUUAUUGCCAGCGAUGCCAAAGAAGUAAAGAGGGCGCUGUUUUACUGUAAAGCCUGCCACGAUGACAUUACUGAUCCUAAAAGGAUAAAGAAAUGUGGAUGCAAGAAAUCCAAGAUGGCCGCCUACAAGAAAAUGAGACUGGCAUGUUGUUUUGAUUGCGGCCGCUCAGAGCGGGACUGCUCUUGCAUGCCAGUUAAUGUGCGUUGUAACAUGGACUCCCCUCAACGCGACAUCCCACUCUCUGCUGUCUCUGUUAAUGAUUGCUCAGCCACUUUACGUGCCUCUAAAAAUAGCUAUAAUGGAUAUAUCAAAUCAAUUGAAGAGGACCAACAGUCGGCGUUAUCGCCUAAAAAAAAGCAACGUAAUGGAGGAAUGAGAAAUUCUCCAAACUCUUCACCCAAGAUAAUGAGGCAUGACCCGCUUCUCAUCCCGGGGAACGACCAGAUUGAAAACAUGGAUGAGAACGUAAAAAAAUACGACUCCACGGGGAUGUUUCACUGGUGCCCGUCCAAAGACAUCGAGAAGGUCAUCUUGACCCGGAGCGAGGCAGCCAUGACUGUUCUGAGUGGUCAUGUGGUCGUGUGUAUAUUUGGAGAUGUGAAAUCUGCGUUGAUCGGUCUCCGAAACUUUGUCAUGCCACUGAGAGCGAGCAACUUUCACUACCACGAGCUGAAGCACAUCGUGUUUGUCGGCUCCCUGGAGUAUCUGAAGCGGGAGUGGGAGACACUUCACAAUUUCCCAAAGGUCUCCAUUUUACCUGGCACACCGUUGAGUCGGGCAGAUCUGAGGGCUGUCAACAUCAACCUCUGCGACAUGUGUGUCAUCCUGUCAGCCAAUCAGAACAAUAUUGACGAUGCAUCACUGCAGGACAAAGAAUGCAUCUUGGCGUCACUCAACAUCAAAUCUAUGCUGUUUGACGACAGCAUCGGGGUCUUGCAGGCUAAUUCCCAAGGCUUCACACCACCAGGGAUGGAUAGAUCCUCUCCUGAAAACAGCCCAGUCCAUGGAUUAGUACGGCAGACUUCUGUCACAACUGGAGCAAAUAUUCCCAUCAUAACAGAACUAGCACCAUUAGCAAAGCCAGGCAAAAAACUGCCUGUGAUUUCAUUCAGUCAGGAUAAGAGCAGUGGGACCUGCAUACAAAUGAUAACUGAGCUGGUGAAUGACUCAAAUGUUCAGUUCCUGGACCAAGAUGAUGAUGACGACCCAGACACAGAGUUAUACCUCACUCAGCCUUUUGCCUGUGGGACGGCCUUCGCAGUCAGUGUGCUGGAUUCCUUAAUGAGUGCUACAUACUUCAAUGAUAAUAUCCUCACCUUGAUCCGGACGCUGGUAACAGGCGGGGCGACGCCGGAGCUGGAGGGGUUGCUGGCAGAGGAGAACGCGUUACGAGGCGGCUACAGCACGCCACAAACCCUGGCAAACAGGGACAGGUGUCGCGUGGCACAGCUGGCCUUGUACGACGGGCCCUUUGCCGACCUCGGGGAUGGUGGUUGUUAUGGUGACCUGUUUUGUAAAGCCCUGAAAACAUACAACAUGCUGUGCUUCGGCAUCUAUCGGUUACGAGACGCACAUCUUAAUGCUCAAAGCCAAUGUACCAAACGGUAUGUCAUAACAAAUCCGCCAUAUGCGUUUGAGCUGGUGCCCUCUGACCUGAUAUUCUGCCUGAUGCAGUUUGACCACAACGCUGGCCAGUCUCGAACCAGCCUCUCCCACUCUUCACAUUCGUCCCAUUCCUCCAGCAAGAAGAGCUCCUCCGUCCACUCUAUCCCAACCACCAACCGCACCAACCGCACCAAAAGCAGGGACUCACGAGACAAACAAAAUGCAACAAGGAUGAAUAGAGUGGGCCAAGAAAAGACAUGGUUUACAGAUGAGCCAGAGAAUACCCACCUGAGGACCAUACAGAUCAAGCCUGUGAAUACUCUCGCCGUCAACCAAGUCAGUCAGUAUAAAUCCACAAACAGCUUGAUUCCACCCAUCAGAGAAGCAGAAGACGAGUGCUGAGCUCCAGACCCGGACUGACACCUCAACGCUCGGACUCCCAGAGGACUUAUCGUGUAGGUGUCAGACUCGGGAUAUCUUCUCAUCUGCAAACACAAAUCAUCAAUUGACAUUAGAAGAGACAAACCAUACUGCUUCCUUCAUUCACCUCUUCAGCAAGCUUAUUGUACAAUCAGUUUUAGAAUCAUACAUGAAGUAUACAUGAAGACAAUCAUAGUCAACUGUCGCAACCACUCAAAUAUUAGUUUGAACAGCUAAUCUUUAGUGGUGACCAGACUCCAUGACUUUUUUGUUCCAUUUUGGGGAAUGAGGGUCACUUGAAGGGGAACAGCAAUGUAAAAAUUACCACUACUGCUACUAAAGGAGGGUAUUAUUAUGAUAACUGGAUCAAGUUUUGCAUUUGUAAAAGUUGCCUUUUUAGCUGUUGAUGAACAACUACUACUAUUGCAUUUACUUUACCCAAUGUUGCAGAGCUAUUCUGUACAGUAUGUUAAAAUGUGUAUUUUACAUCCAGCUGCGACCCCACCACAAUGGCAUUGUUAGUGACUGACUCUCAGUGAUUCCUUUGCCAUUUGGAGCUAAUUCACAACAUUUGUGACAGUUAAGAUGGCCAGUGUCCAUGUGUAAAUGGCAUUUGGCUCCAGCCUUAUCUCUAUCCAUUUAUAUUUGUCUUAUCUUUGCCUUUUUGACUUGUUUGUUAUAAAUGUUUUCAUGUUGCUGUUUGGUUGCAAUGUCCAAAAACCCCAGAAAUCUUACUAAGUAAAGCUUUUAAGUAUCUGAAAAGUUUCUCCAGGGGUAAAACAUUAGGAAUAUUCAUUUCAUUCAUUUUUUUCCUUCUUUUUUUGUCAAUAGCCAAAUAUGAUAGAGCUGUUUUGUUGACGACAUUACAAUAUAACCAAAAAUCUCUCACAGUUUCUAACACAGUGACAGAGCUAUUCAUUUUCUUAACACACCAUAGACUGCAAAGCAAAAUACUAUGAUAUAGCAUGGCGUCAUAUGACAAGUCUGUAGUUGAGUUGAAUGUAAAAGCCACAUAUCGCAUGAAGUGGGCAUUUUUGAGUCCUCCUUUGGCUGGAAGCACUGCCUGACACAGGAUUGUCUUGGAGGCCAUUAAGCGCUUUUAUGUACUCCAUGACAAAUCUUAAUACCAUAAUCAGACAUGUUCAUGCUUUUUUUUUUUUAUAGAUACUUGAAAAACAGCUCUAUCAUAAAAAGUGGUUUUGGCUAUUUAUAUGCUCUAAACCAUCUUGGUGAUCAAUAUCUGAUAUAUUCAUAAAGCAAACCACUCCCUCACAUCUAAUGAAGCACAGACCAUUUGUUCCUGUUAGUAAGCGCAUGAGGCCAGCAGAGCUAAGAGUGGUUAUUAAUCUUGUCUUAUUUAAGUAAUACAAACAGCUAUACUGCUAUUUUCACUGUACAGCGGAAUCGGAGAAGGGGAAAGAAAGGUAAACCGGAAAAACUACACAAGCAAUCCAUAAAAUCCUUAAUCCACACAGGAUGCAUCACAGUCUAGCCUAGCAUUCAUGUUGGAUUUGAAAAGAGAGGUUGUGACAUUUUUACUGGCAGAGAGAACAUCCAAACCAUCCGUCCCUCAGUGCCAGUAAUGUGCCAGGCAGUGCUGAUGCCAACGGAGGACUCCUGAAGACCCACUGCUGCGAAAAGAGGCUUCUAGUUGAACUGGAUUGAAGCAAAACUCACUUUUGCCGCUAGACUGAGAAAUGUACUUUCCUCUUUGCUUUCCAUCUUGCCAGCUCAGAGACCAUUAUUUUAAAAACUAGUAAUUUCUUAAUAUGAGGCUGUAAUUCCCUGGAGAUAACUAGAAAUGUAGUAAAUAAUUUGAAGUCUUAAAAGUAUUUUUAAAUGACCCAUUGUCAAUAGCAGAGCCUGAUAGCAAUUCAUUUUUAUGUAUUCUUCAAAGAAAUCUGUAAAGCUUAAUGUAAAAUAUUUCUUUCUAGUGUGUUUUUGUUUGACAGAUAUUCUUGUUUAACAGUAUCUGUGGGGUUGAGAGACAUUCGGCAUUGCAGUCUAGUUUGUAUUAUUUUGUGAUUUUUUUUUAGCACAUUGAUUUGUGGAUACAAUGACAGUGCUAAGUUGAUAUUUCUGACUAUGUCAUAAUACCCAAUAAUAAAUACAGUUUAUUGUCUUGUACAAAUAGGCUUGUACAUAAAUUGUACAUGAUUUCAUUUUGUAUUUUCACAAAUUAAAAGCUGACUGUAUUGUG